GCCAAUCUGCGGAGCUGUAUAAAAGUUGCCAAAUCAUCUGUUGACAUACGGCUCUCUCUCUCUCUCUCUAUCUCAUGUCCCCACCAGCACUUCCUUAGCUUUAAACUUUUUAAGCCUUAAUCAUGAACCUCAUCACAUUCUUCUCAAUAUCAUUUUUUGCAUAUACUCUCUUCUUUCUCCAUAUAUUCAUUUAUUGAGGUUUCAUAAUUUGGGAAUUUAUACCAAUUCAUCAUUCAAUGGCUUCGCUUUGGUCACCCUGGGGAAUAUUGUUCAUGGUUUUCAUGGCUUGUUUUUCUUCACUAGCCUUAUCUUCAUCUCACAUACAUGUACAAUACUCCACUAUAUCAGCUGCACCUGCAUUCUUGCCAAGUACUCCUCUAGCCUCUUCUCCAAGUUUACCCCCAGAUAUUGAACCUCUGUUCCCUACUCCUAAAGGUAUGGCACCUUCUCCAACUGAUUCAUCACUGCCCACAAUUCCUUCAAGCCCCAGCCCUCCAAAUCCGGAUAAUAUUUUGGAUCCUGGUCCUGGUUUCGCACUUUCACCAUCUGACUCUUUGCCAAAUUCCACUUCGGUUUCUCUAACUUCAGCUCGAGCUCUAAAAUCAACAUUGUUUCUUAGUUUGCUGGUGCUUUGCUUAUUGCAGCAGCUUUCUGGUGUGUGAGGUACUGUUGUUGGCAAACGCAAU